AUGGAAGUCUCUCGCCCUCGGUCAAGCAAGUACGGCCAGUACUGGACUCAGGAAGAUGUGCUCAAGGCCUUCCAACCUGCACAGGAUUCUGUUGAUCUUGUCGGUCAAUGGCUGGAAACUGCAGGCAUCGCCAAGAAUCGAAUCACCCACUCGGAGAACAAGCAAUGGCUCGCGUUUGACGCGACGCCUGAAGAGGCCGAACGUUUGACCCAUGCUCAAUACCACGAAUAUGAACAUCCGAAAGGAUACGCAAUGGUUGGCUGUGAGGAGUAUUUCAUUCCUAGGCACCUUCAGGAGCACAUCGAUUACAUCACUCCCGGCGUGAAAAGAUCAAUCGUGUCCGGACCGGGAAUCACGAAGCGGUCAUUCAUAUCAUCAAGCUCUCGCGGUCCUGCCAAUUGGAAUCCUCCGAGGCUACGACCUGCUCCCUACAUGCCGAAGAACAACACGCAGCUGCUGACUUGCGACACCACCAUCACUCCGGCAUGCAUCGAGGCAUUAUACGAUUUCAAGGCGCCCAAUCCGAAAGCCGCGGUGAGCUCCAGCAACUCGCUUGGAAUCUUCGAAGAGGGGGAUAUGUAUUACCAGGAGGAUCUGAACAGAUUUUACCACAAUUUUACUUCGUACAUCAAGAACGGAACUGGCCCGAUUUUGAAGUCUAUUGAUGGUGGCACUGCUCCUGCCGUUACAGCUGCCGAUGCGGGAGGCGAAAGUAAUCUCGACUUUAUGCUUGCUAUUCCGAUCAUUUACCCUCAAACUACAACCCUGUAUCAAUCAGACGACAUCUACGGCGGCACCUAUCAAGGUUUAUUCAACACCUUCUUAGACGCUAUCGAUGGCUCGUAUUGCACGUAUUCGGCAUUUGGCGAGACCGGCAACGACGCUCAAUUGGAUCCCGUCUACCCUGAUCCGAAUCCUGGCGGCUACAAAGGCCCACUCAUGUGCGGAGUUUACAAACCAACGAAUGUCAUGUCCAUCUCAUACGGCGAACAAGAACAAGAUCUUCCGGCUUACUAUCAGAAACGUCAAUGUAAUGAAUGGCUCAAGCUCGGAAUGCAGGGUGUGUCCAUCUUCGUCGCCUCGGGUGACACGGGUGUUGGAGGCUACCCAGGUGAUGGCUCAGCCAAUGGAUGUCUACGCAACGGCACUGUGUUCUCGCCGACGCACCCCAACUCUUGCCCCUGGUUGACCAAUGUCGGCGGCACGAAGGUUGCUGAGGGCAAGACCGUCAACGAUCCUGAGGUAGCCCCUGAGGAUCCGGCAGGACACCCCUACCGUAGCGCAUACUACUCUUCUGGUGGCUUCAGCAAUAUCUUCCCCAUUCCGAGCUAUCAAGCCGACGCAGUAGCGACAUACUUCAAAGACCACAACCCUCCCUAUCCUUACUACAAGGAUGGAAACUACAAGAAUAGCACAGGUCUGUACAACCGAAAUGGCCGCGGCAUUCCGGAUGUCGCUGCCAUUGGAGACAAUAUUGCCGUGUAUGUCGGAGGCCGGUAUAGUCUCUCCGGAGGCACCAGUGCGAGUGCUCCCGUUUUCGCGGCCAUUGUGAACAGGAUCGUGGAGGAGCGCAUCAAGCGCGGGAAAGGCCCAGUGGGCUUCAUCAACCCGGUGCUAUAUCAACACCCUGAGGUCCUUAGGGACAUUGUUACUGGCAAGAACCCCGGCUGUGGGACCGAUGGCUUCUCUUGCGCUCCUGGCUGGGAUCCCGUCACUGGUCUCGGCACACCAUCUUACCCAAAGAUGCUGGACUUGUUCUUAAACCUCCCUUGA